AUGGCCGAUGCAUCCGUCGAACAAACCCCGGAUGGUGAGCGAAGCCAUGCCUCACAUGAGCCACCAAACAUAUCCCCAAGCAAUGACAGUUCGGACGUUAGUCCCCAAGCUUAUGAUGCUUAUGCUCCACCCACUGGAAUAGGCUACACGGCUACGUCUGCACUUCCAGCGCGAAUGCAGAAUGAGGCGGGCUUCUACAAGUCCUUCAUCGUUGAAGUUGUCAUGAAUGGAGUGUAUGACAAAGCUUCAAACUCCAACAAGAUCAAGAAGCCGAACUGGCCUCGGGGAAACUUCGAAUACUUACACUCACCACUUAGAGAUGUCUUGGGAACCUUUGCCAGUACUUCAGUUUUCUACAAUGACACUGAAGACACCAGUGGCAACACAUACAUUGACUCGCCAAGCCCAUUUGUCCAUAAUGAUGGGCAGAGUACCUACAAGUGGUACACUGAAACAGACCAGAACGUCUAUCUGGCUUUCAACAUCAAGUCCCACAAAUACAUCUUUGUCGACCCAACGCUGCCCAUCAGAGCACUCUAUUUCCCCCAGAUCUUCCAGGAUCCCAGCUAUCCGGGGUUCAGCAGACUUGGAACCGUUCAGUUUCACAAGUUCUCCGCGCAAGGCUUGACCCUAAGGAACUACUGGGACAAUGACCCCAUUCAUUUGGACAUCACCAACGGCCGGGGACUUGGUUACUCUGGAGCAGCUCUCUGCUUUAAUGUCCAAGCCCUCAUGGCAUCAUUGUGCAUUCCAGACGAUAGAGUCGCCCGCCGCGCCGAUGGCACGCAUAUCUGCUUUGACUCUAUCUGGCUACUUCGAGAAGCAGCCUCGCUCAACGCUGAAGACCACUCCGUUUGUCAGUGGGACUCGGGAGACUUCCACAGAAAGGGCAACGAUUGGACGUCUAUAAAUGAAGGUAUUCGCUUCGUCUAUGCGCCCCUUGAUAAAUCUGCAUGGUCAACCUUUGUCAAGCAGACUGUCGGAGCAGGACUGGGUCUGAUUCCUAUAAUGGGUCCUCUCCUGGCACUCAACUGGGACAUCAUGUACUCGUAUUUAGAGGACCCGGCAGGUUUUGCCGACUAUGCCAAUAUCGGUAAAGAUUGGUUGGCUAUUUUGAAGCUACAGGCAGCUGAACUCAAGAAGGCAAUCAAGUAG